AUGAGUUACAGAGCAGUGCAAAAAGCCCAGAGCAACAGCGAUUGCAAGGCUGCAGCAGCAACUGCGGCUGUUGCACCGAGCGCAACGGAGGGCUCUAAUGCACAUGCAUCAGCUUUGCCCAUUAACGAAACGUCCACGGCAUCAGAAGUUAGCCCUAUUACAGCUGUCAACAACAAGGCUUGGGGACGAGUACAGCUGUUUUACCACGAUAAUAUCGGUUUAUUCUUCGUUUUUCUAGCCCAGAUAUGUGCUUCUAUUAUGGCCAUGACUACCCGCUUGCUGGAGACGGGGUUUGAUGCUAAGCUUCACGCUUUGCAAAUCAUCUUUGUGCGCAUGUUAGUGACAGCCACUAUUGGCUCUUUGUACCUAUGGAGGAAGAAGGUGCCUGAUUUCCCACUCGGGCCUCCCGGGCUUCGGUGGUUGCUGGUCAUCCGCGGUCUUGCUGGGACAUUGGGUCUGUUUGGUUUAUACUACUCGCUAUCGUUUUUGGACAUUGCUGAUGCUACCGUCAUCACCUUUCUGGUGCCGACCUUGACCGGCUUUGUCUGCUGGCUUGCAUUAAACGAGCCAUUCACCAUAGCAGAAGUCUGUGCGGGCGUCCUCGCAUUUGGCGGCGUCAUCUUUAUCGCUCGCCCAGGCUUUAUUGUCUCGCAUCUGCCGUUUGGACACGUCGGAAACGACAUGGACGCUCCUGCUGACUCUCCCGGCCAAUCCAACAUGAACUCCAUACGUGUCGCUAGCGGGAUAUUCAAGCCUGUGCCCUCCACGCCGGCAGAGCGGUCCGUUGCAGUAGUGUGCGCUGUUGUCGGCUCGUUCGCAGCAGCCACUGCAUAUGCUACCAUCAGAGUUAUCGGAAAGCGGGUGCAUUCGCUCGUCAGCGUCAACUACUUCGCCGUCUUGUCUACAUUGACAUCAUUCCUCGCACUUGUAAUUCUUCCGGACAUUGGUUUCAAAGUGCCUCAAAGCCCGGAGCAAUGGCUGCUUUUGUUGUCUAUCGGCUUUUCGGGGUUCCUCCUGCAAGUUCUACUGACUGAGGGACUGCAGAGAGAGAGGGCCGGCCGCGCGACCAACAUGAUGUAUGUGCAACUUGUCUGCGCACUCAUCAUCGAGCGCGUUGUUUGGGGUACAGUCCCGCCUGUAGAGAGUUUUAUUGGUAGCGCUUUGAUUAUUGGUGCUGCUGUGUGGGUUAGUCUGCGGAAGAAGGCUCCGGCACCUGCCAAGGAAAGCCAAGUGCUAGAUGAAGAAACCCCUUUGCUGAAUGAUAGAGAAGAUUGA